AAAAAUAUUUUCUUAAAUAUCCAAAAUGUGAAAAUUGGCGUCCUACCAACACACCCUUUCGCAGAAGCUUUCACUGCUUCGCCCUGGGGUCUGCGAACUCCUUCCUGUUCUCUGCCCUAUGGGGAAGUACAGUUGGAGUGUUAAAGUUGAUUCUUGGGAAUAAUUCAGUAAUUCCGUGAAGAAUGAAAGUAUGCUUUGGAUUAUGAAAGUCGAUAUGCAUUGACUAAAGAAUUACUACUGGAAUUUUUUAGCAUGAAGAAUGAAGUAGUAUCUAGCAUUAUCCAAAAAAUACAAAAUCCAACAGUUGCUGACUACCAAGUCUUGGCAAAUGUUCUGAAAUCUUGUGCUGCCAUAUCAGAUAGAAUAUUGGGGAAAGCUCUGCAUAGUUCUGUCAUUAAGUUAGGCCAUCAUUCUUGUCAAUUUGUUACAAAAGCUUUGCUUAAUAUGUAUGCUAAAUGUAAAGAUCUUGAUGAAUGUCAAAAGCUUUUCAGCCAGAUUAAAUACAGUGACACAGUGACAUGGAAUAUUGUGUUGUCUGGAUUUACUGGUUCGCGGUUUCAUGAAACAGAGAUGACAAGGCUGUUCAAUUCAAUGCACAGAGCCCAUUAUCCUAAGCCAAGUUCUGUCACUCUUGCUAUUGUUAUUCCUGUGCUUGCCCGCUCUGGAGCUUUGGGUGCUGGAAAAAGCGUUCAUUGUUAUGCGAUAAAAUACGGAUUGGAUUGUAAAACACUGGUAGGAAAUGCUUUCUUAUCCAUGUAUGCAAAAUCCGGGAAUAUUUCAGAUGCAGCUGCUACUUUUCAUGGAAUUUCUGACAAAGAUGUUGUUUCAUGGAAUGCAAUGAUUGCAGGUUUCAUCGAGAAUAAGCUUACGGAUAGGGCUUUUGAAUUGUUCAGGUUGAUGUUGAAAGCUUUCAUUCUACCUAAUUAUGCAACUAUUGCAAAUAUUCUUCCUAUCUGUCCUAGCUUAGGAGGGAUAGCUGGUUACCACUUGGGAAGGCAAAUACAUUGUUAUGUUUUUCGACGGACUGAGCUGCUAUCAGAAGUUACCGUCAUCAAUGCUCUUUUGAGCUGCUACUUGAGGGUUGGAAAUUUUGAAGGAGCAGAGACUUUGUUCCGGAAUAUGAAAAGUAAAGAUCUGGUAUCUUGGAACUCAAUAAUUGCUGGAUAUGCAGUUAAUGGUGAAUGGUUGAAGACACUGGAUAUUUUCCGUGAAUUCACUAAAGAGGAGAUGAGUGAACCAGACUCUGUUACUCUUGUGAGCAUUCUUCCUGCAUGUCCACAGCUCAAUAACAUGUUGAUUGGGAAGCAGAUCCAUGGCUAUGUAAUUCGUCACUGUUUCCUCCAUCAAGAUACCUCUGUGAUUAAUGCCCUUAUAAGCUUUUAUGCAAAAUGUGGAAACAUCAAAGAGGCGUGUCACACAUUUUCGUUGACUUCUAACAAAGACGUGAUAUCAUGGAACACUAUGCUUGAUGCCUUAGCAGAAACCCAACUUCACGAAGAAUUUAUUAACUUGUUAAAGGGGAUGUUUGUAGAGGGGAUGGAAGCUGACUCCAUCACAUUAUUGGCUGCGGUGCGCUAUUUUGCUAAUAUUUCCAGAGUGGAUAAGGUCAAAGAAGCACAUGGUUUUUCAGUUAGAUCUGGUAUCAUGCUAAGUGAUACUGAACCUACUCUCGCUAAUGCCUUACUUGAUGCAUAUGCAAAGUGUUGCAAUUUGAACUAUGCUAACAGAAUAUUUGAGAGUUUAUCAGGAAACAAGAAUGUAGUCACGUGCAACUCGAUGAUAUCAGGGUUUGUGAAUUAUGGUUUGCAUGAAGAUGCACAUGGUAUAUUCAAGAGGAUGACCGAGAGGGAUCUUACCACGUGGAAUCUGAUGGUUAGAGCUUAUGCUGAAAAUGAUUGUCCUGAUCAAGCAGUGAGUCUGUUCACUGAGUUACAGCAUCACAAAAUGAGGCCCGAUGCCAUGACCAUUUUGAGCCUCCUUCCUGUUUGCGCUCAAAUGGCCUCAAGCAACCUGCUGAAGCAGUGUCAUGCAUAUGUGAUUAGGUCUUUCCUUGAUGACGUUUAUCUGAUUGGAGCUCUCAUAGAUGUAUAUUCGAAAUGUGCUACUCUAGGAUAUGCAUACAAGCUUUUCCAAUCAUCUCCUGCCAAAGAUCUUGUUAUGUUUACAGCAAUGGUUGGAGGGUAUGCUAUGCAUGGAAUGGGAGAAGAAGCACUUGGGAUAUUCUAUCAUAUGCUUGAGCUGGACUUCAAACCAGAUCAUGUUAUAAUAACUACAGUGCUAUCUGCUUGUAGUCAUGCUGGCCUUGUGGAUGAAGGGUUAAAGAUCUUUGAUUCAAUGGAAAAGACGCAUCAAAUCAAACCUAGCAUGGAGCAUUAUGCGUGUGUGGUGGAUCUACUUGCACGUGGAGGCAGAAUUAAAGAUGCAUUCUCCUUUGUGACCCGGAUGCCCUUUAAAGCCAACGCCAAUAUAUGGGGAACACUUCUGGGUGCCUGUAAAACCCAUCAGGAGGUUGAUAUAGGCCGUACUGUGGCAGGUCACCUGCUUCAAGUCAAUGCUACUGAUAUUGGGAAUUAUAUAGUCAUGUCAAAUCUGUAUGCUGCAGAUGCAAGAUGGGAUGAGGUCCUAGAGAUAAGGAAGUCUAUGAAAACGAGAGAUCUUAAAAAGCCAGUUGGUUGCAGUUGGAUUGAGGUGGAACGGAAGAAAAACGUAUUUGCUGCUGGUGACUAUUCUCACCCACAGCGAAGAUUGAUAUACGAAACAUUAAGAAUCUUAGAUGAACAAAACAAAGAGCUAUAUGAGUAUGAAUUAUAGCCUCCUAGUAUUUUGAUCGUGUGAAGUAUUACUGCGCUACUGUAUCACCAAAUUAUGAAAGAAAGUGGUCCACUUUUGUCUUGCUGUAUCACCAAAUUAUGAAAGAAAGUGGUCCGUUUUUGUCU